CGUCCCGCUUUCCCAAGCAGUAGCCGAGAGCCGAACUGCGCCGCGCUCGGGGCGCGCGUCCAAGGAAGGAGUCGAGCACCCGGUGCAGCUCGAAAGAAGCGGAGGCUUUUGGCCGGAUGGCCGCGCGGUCCCCGUCGCUCACCCCAGCGGCGAGGGUCCCGCUGGCGGUCGCGCUUCCAGUCCGAUAUUAGCGCUCCUGUUGAAUUUUAAGGAUGGGUUGCGAGCUCGGCAAGCUCGCCACCUCGGCGACGUCCCAGCCUCAGGGCGCGGGUUCGGGACGGGAGAGCCCGCCCCCACCGCCGGCUACCGAUCCCCGGCUCCCGCUCACCGCCAGACAGAAGUACCUGCUAACCGCCAGCUGGAAGGCCAUCGCCAAGGCAAUGGAGCCUACUGGCGUUUAUAUGUUUGUCAAAUUGUUCGAAGAAAAUGCAGAGCUUUUAAAUCUAUUUACGAAAUUUAAGGAUUUAAAAACGAAAGAAGAACAGUCAACAAGUAUGGAAUUAGCUGAUCACGCACAAAAAGUUAUGAGUACACUUGAUGAAGGAAUUCAAGGCCUCGAUGAUAUGGACAUUUUCCUCACAUUUCUUCAUCAAGUUGGUGCGACACACACGAAAAUACCAGGAUUCAAUCGCGAAUACUUUUGGAAAAUUGAAUCACCAUUUUUAGCGGCAAUGCAAAUGACACUGCACGAUCGAUAUACGGAAAAUGUGGAGAAUAUCUAUAAACUUACAAUUAAAUUCAUCAUUCAGACCCUGAUCGAUGGAUUUGACGAGGCAAAGGAUCUGAGAGUGUCAGUGCAAUCGACAAGUUCCAAAGAAAAAGACAGAUGUUAGUCAAAGUUUCGAGUGCACAAGUUAACUUUUACUUACGUUACAACGGACAACUGAUCACAAUGUUAGAGAGUCAGCAAAUCAUGCGAUUAAGGUACAGGGAUCGCAAAAAACUCCCUAACUUCCUGGAGACGUACAAGAACGCGUACUGCCAAGCACUCGCGGACUGACCUCCAUGACAAAUCGAGUAAUAACAAAGCGCAAAUGAAAAUAACGUCCGAAGCACAGCAUUCAUGCGAAUAUGAUUGGAUGUGUGCAUGUAUGCGUAUGUGCGUGCAUGGGUGUGAAUGAAGCAGGAUGAUUUAGUGUGUUUGUUUCUAAGCGAGAAACAUAGGAACCUGAAAGGACACAUGAUUUUCUAAAGAAAACAGAGUCAAGCAGUCGGUUGCCGGUGUAUUAACCGAGCUGCACUUUU